CUGCUUGCUGCUUCCUACAACUUCAAAUGAUAAAGAGGCAAAAGCAAAAACCUCCCCGCUAAAAUUGGUGGUACUUCUGUCUAAAUUUAGCUUAAGACCUUAACAGUAUCCAAUCCUCCUCCUCCUCCGGAUCACACACUCACAUUCACAUACCAUCAUUUCCAUUCUUCACUUUCAGCAACAAAAAUGGAAAACCAAAAAAACCAAAAUACACGAGACAGACCGAACCAAAGAGAUUAAGGUUUGUCAAAAAAAAUUAUGACAAGACCUGAGAACUUCGAGUUCCAGGAGUGGUGGAACCAGCAAAGAGACAAAAACAACAACACCAACCACGAUCUCCUCCUCGACACUUCUUCCUCUUCUUCUAACAACGACAUCCUCACCGUACAGGUCACCACUCCCACCUCAGAUCCGACGGUCGAGAAGGGACGGUCGCGUAGCGCUCGCCAGCUCUACUGGCUUUGCCUCUUGAGGUUCCAGCAACUCUUCUCCUUCUUCGCUUUUCUCGCCAAUGGCGUCGUUUAUCUCCUCCGCAUCUCCCACCGUCGGAUCUCGUCUUCUUCGUCUUCGUCGUCCUCGUCGUCGCGUCUGUACCGUCUGAUCAAGGCUUUUUUGGUUCUGGUUCUGAUCUUGCUGUGUUUGGAGCUUGCGGCGUACUUCAAAGGAUGGCAUUUCAGGCCGCCGGUUGGGUCGGACGAGGUGUUGGGAAUGCUGGGGUUUGUGUAUUCGAGCUGGAUCUCGAUUCGGGCGAACUACUUGGCUCCGCCGUUGCAGGCGUUGACGAAUGUGUGUAUCGUGCUGUUCUUGAUUCAGUCGGUUGAUCGUGUGGUUUUGAUGAUUGGGUGUUUUUGGAUCAAGUUCCGGAAGCUUAAGCCGGUGGCGACGGUGAGGUACGCGGCGGCGGAUGAGGAGAAGGGGAAUGUGGGGGCGGUGGAGGAGUAUUAUCCCAUGGUGUUGGUGCAAAUCCCAAUGUGCAAUGAGAGGGAGGUUUACCAACAAUCUAUUGCAGCAGUUUGUAUCCAGGACUGGCCAAAGGAGAGAAUGCUUGUACAGGUUCUUGAUGAUUCUGAUGAAUCAGAUGUCCAACAACUUAUCAAGGCAGAAGUACAGAAAUGGCAACAAAGGGGUGUUCGCAUAUUGUAUAGACACCGUCUCAUUCGUACUGGCUAUAAGGCAGGAAAUCUCAAAUCUGCAAUGAGCUGUGAUUAUGUAAAAGAUUACGAGUUUGUGGCAAUCUUUGAUGCAGAUUUUCAGCCAGGACCAGAUUUCUUGAAGAAAACUAUUCCUUAUUUUAAGGGGAAUGAUGAACUGGCAUUAGUCCAGACAAGGUGGUCAUUUGUGAACAAGGAUGAGAACUUGCUUACAAGGUUGCAGAACAUAAACUUGUCAUUCCACUUUGAGGUUGAGCAACAGGUCAAUGGCAUGUUUAUCAACUUCUUUGGAUUCAAUGGAACUGCUGGUGUUUGGAGAAUUAAAGCCCUUGAAGACUGUGGUGGCUGGUUGGAACGGACAACUGUAGAGGACAUGGACAUUGCUGUUCGUGCUCAUCUUUGUGGGUGGAAGUUCAUAUAUCUGGAUGAUGUUAGGUGCCUUUGUGAACUCCCAGAGUCCUAUGAAGCAUACAAGAAACAGCAACACAGAUGGCAUUCAGGUCCAAUGCAGUUGCUCCGCUUGUGCUUUGUUGACAUACUCCGUUCUAAGGUGAGUUUUGCCAAGAAAGCCAAUUUGAUAUUUCUUUUCUUCCUCCUACGAAAGCUCAUCCUGCCAUUUUAUUCGUUCACACUCUUUUGCAUCAUUCUCCCCCUGACCAUGUUCCUGCCAGAAGCUCAGCUACCAGCUUGGGUUGUUUGUUAUGUUCCAGGAAUCAUGUCUAUAUUGAAUAUUCUCCCAGCACCACGAUCAAUCCCAUUUAUAGUUCCUUACCUUCUUUUUGAGAACACCAUGUCUGUGACCAAAUUUAAUGCCAUGAUAUCUGGAUUGUUUCGGUUUGGAAGUUCUUAUGAGUGGAUAGUUACAAAGAAAUUGGGAAGAUCAUCAGAGAACGACCUAGUUGCAUUUGAGAAGGAAUCUGAUCCCCUAGUGGAAACUACCGGUCUUCUAAGGUCAUCCUCAGAUUCAGGCCUUGAAGAGCUGAGCAAACUAGAGAUAUCUAAAAAAAUCGGUAAAACUAGAAGAAACCGGUUGUAUAGGAAGGAACUUACUCUUGCAUUCAUUUUGUUAACUGCCUCAGUGAGAAGCUUGUUGUCUGCCCAAGGAAUUCACUUCUAUUUCCUAUUAUUUCAAGGGAUCACUUUCUUAAUUGUUGGUCUUGACUUGAUAGGCGAGCAGGUGAGUUGACCUUUAGUAUUUUGAUUUUUUGAGUAAUGUUGGAAGCUAUUUCCCCAGGAUUUGGACUGGGACUCAGUUUACCAUGAGUGGAGCCAAUGUGCUGGCUAGAGUAUUGGCAGUUCAUACCUGCCUUUUGUGUUUCUUGGCCCCUCAUUGAACCAAUUUCUUCACGCCUGGCACAUAUUUGUAGUCUAUGAGUUUACUUUUUGUGUAAAGGGCUAUUGUAUCAUUGUUGCCGUCAAGUCAUAUGCCUCAAGUUAACAUAAAGUUGUCUCAAGGUUGCAGAGAGAUAUGACCCUCAAAAAUGGUGAAGAGGAAAGGAUUCUUAUGUCCAAUCUGUUUGUUUGUAUGCUACCAAGUAAACUUUUUUGCAUGUACCAAACAAGACGGGAAUUGUUAGAUUAUUAAAAUUCUUUAAUCUUUGUUAUCAA